UGUGAUCCCUCCCAGUUGCAUUUUAUUCCCCUCUUUUCUCCAUCACACCGCCGCCCUCACCUCCGGCGGCCGUUGCCGCCGCCACCGCCGCAACCAACGUCUGCCGCCGCCUCAAUCCGCCAGCUGUUUCAAGGUACUGCCUUUCGACUGCUUCUCUCUGUGGGCAUCUCGGGGAUGGCCACUAUAGCUCUCAAGAGAUGGACGAGCUCUCGUUCGGCUUGUCAUUGGAGAAGAAAGGGCCGGAGGUUCUCAUCCUUGUCAUGCGCCGUUGAUUCUAACAAGGAUGGCGGACGGGAAGUGCCCUAUCUGCCGGUGUUGAUCGUCGGCGCUGGUCCCGUCGGUCUCUUCCUCUCUAUACUUCUUACGAAAUUAGGGGUCAAUUGUGCAGUUUUAGAGAAAAGAACAGUUUUUUCUCAACAUCCACAAGCUCACUUCAUCAACAAUCGAUCUAUGGAGCUAUUUCGCAAGGUGGAUGGUCUGGCGGAGGACAUCCAAAAACUGCAGCCAGCAGUGGACUUGUGGAGGAAGUUCAUAUAUUGCACUUCUCUCUCUGGUUCUAUUCUUGGGUCAGUGGAUCACAUGCAACCUCAAGAUUUUGACAAGAUAGUUAGCCCUGUAUCUGUUGCCCACUUCUCAGAAUACAAAUUGGUAAGGUUGCUGCUUAAGAGGCUAGAAAAUCUUGGCUUUCAUACUUGUACUCCUGAUAUGUUGCAAAGCUUGAACCAAGAAAUGCUAUGGGAAAGGAAGAUUUUGAUGGGUCAUGAGUGCAUAUCCCUCCAUCCCACGGAUCGAGGUGUUAUGGUGGGAGCUUCUUUUCAAAAGGAAGGGAAGAUGGAAGAGAGAAAAUUCCAUUGCAGCAUCCUUGUUGGGUCAGAUGGUGCAGGAAGUACAGUUCGAAAGCUGGUUGGCAUAGAUAUGAAAGGCGAACAUGACUUGCAAAAACUUGUUAGUGUCCACUUCAUGAGCAAAGAUCUUGGCCAAUACCUACUACAGCAAAGACCUGGAAUGCUCUUCUUUAUUUUUAAUCCAGAGGCUAUUGGUGUUCUUGUUGCGCAUGAUCUCAACCAAGGGGAGUUUGUUCUGCAGGUACCAUACUAUCCACCUCAGCAAAAAUUUGAGGAUUUCAGCUCCAAGGUAUGCAAGCAAAUUAUAUUCAAGUUGGUUGGGUGGGCGCCUGUGGAUGUAGAAGUUGUAGACAUAAAACCAUGGGUCAUGCAUGCAGAAGUUGCUGAGAAGUUUGUUUCAUGCAAUAACCGGGUGAUACUUGUGGGUGAUGCUGCUCACCGCUUCCCCCCUGCUGGUGGUUUUGGAAUGAAUACUGGCAUUCAAGAUGCACAUAAUUUAGCAUGGAAAAUAAGAUCCCUACUAAAUAAUAUAGCCUCACCUUCUAUCAUUCAGACGUAUGAAGUGGAGCGUAGGCUGAUAGCCAUUUCUAAUACAAAUUUAAGUGUGCAAAAUUUUAAGGCAGCCAUGUCAGUUCCCACUGCACUUGGCCUUGACCCAACUAUUGCAAACUCAGUGCAUCAAGUAAUAAAUAGCAGCCUUGGAUUCAUUCUGCCUUCUAGCAUGCAGAAGGCAGUCCUUGAAGGAAUUUUUUCCAUAGGUCGGUCCCAGCUCUCAGAGUUCUUUCUGAAUGAGGACAACCCCAUUGGGUCUAUGAGGCUGGCAAGAUUGAGGAGUAUUUUUCACGAGGGAAAGAGUCUUCAACUCCAAUUUCCUGCUGAGGAUCUUGGUUUCUGCUAUCUUGAAGGAGCUCUAGUUGCUGAUGGUGGGAAUAGAACUCUAGAAACAGAAGCAGCUAGUGGUCACAGGAGCGGGCCAAGGGACUAUAUCCCCUCUGCUAAACCAGGAUCACGGUUACCACAUAUGCAAGUUAGAGCAUUAAACGCAUCAUUUAGCAAGGAUGUCUUCUCCACUUUGGACCUGAUACCUGGAGAUAAGCUCGAAUUCCUUCUCAUUAUAGCCCCAGUGGAAAAAUCAUAUGACCUCGCACGUUCUACUCUUAAGGUGACAGAAGAAUUCAGAGUAUCGCUUAAGGUAUGCAUUAUUUGGCCCGAAGGUUCAUCUGAUCAGCGUGAAACUGGCAGUCGAACGAAGUUAGACUCCUGGACAAAUUAUAUAGAUGUUGAGGAAGUUAAGAGGCCGGGUUCAAAGUCAUGGUGGGAGUUGUGUCAUAUGACAAGCAAGGGGUUCAUCUUGGUUAGGCCAGAUGAGCACAUAGCAUGGAGGUCAAACUCUGACACCUUGGGCAAUACGGUUCUAGAAGUGGAGAGAGUCUUCUCUUUAAUAUUAGGAGUUGAAAAGAGCUGUGUAUAGAAAUGUGCUCGAGGAAUGUGCUUGUCUGUGUUUUCAGAAUCAAAUUGGAAUGUUAUGAGCUUUACCCACUCAGUCUGUUCCUUGCCUUGCCCUGAAAAUGAUACCUUUUACAAUUAUAAAUUCAUGGUUCACAGAGAGCAUUCUGACAAAUAGGAUUUUAGACAAGAGUACUUGAUGAAAUCACAGACUGCAUGCGGUGUGAGAAGAGAUCGGGUUCCUGAUGGUUUCUCAUUUUCACUCGUACAGCAUUGUUGAGGAAAGUAAAGGGGUGCUUGCAAUCUCAGUCCACUGUGGAAAUCAUGCCGCCAUAUUCUUUGAUAUAUAUAUAUAUAUAUUUUUUUUUUAAUUUGUAAUUUUUGCUAUAUUUAUUUUGCGGAAGGAAUCAUGCUCCAAAUUGAAGUGAUCAAAA